ACCAGGCGGUUCAGCAGUAGCCCAGCUGCACUCUGCGCGGAUGCUGGGUCCCACGGGUUGGCGGCAGCCAUGGCUUCCGCACACCUCUGGAACUGGCGCGAGGCGUGAGGGGCACACAGCGAACGGGCGCGCGGUUUGAUGAUGUCACAGGGCGUUCCUGCCCGGGCGGAAGCCCUGGGAGCGCGUCUCAGGCGAGCGCGGGUCCCGGGUGUUCCCUGGCGGAGUCUUCUCUGCGCUGAGCGGGAACUGAGCCGUGGCGCUAGGAUGGGAAACAGUGCUCUCCGUGCCCAUGUGGAAACAGCGCAGAAAACUGGUGUCUUUCAGCUUAAAGACCGUGGUCUGACCGAGUUCCCCACAGAGUUGCAGAAGCUGACAAGCAAUCUGAGGACCAUCGAUUUGUCCAACAACAAGAUCGACUGCCUACCACCUCUGAUAAUAGGAAAGUUCACUCUGCUAAAGAGCCUCUCCCUCAACAACAACAAACUGACUCUUCUACCUGAUGAAUUAAGCAAUCUGAAAAAACUAGAGACACUGAGUCUCAACAACAAUCACCUGAGAGAGCUACCAUCUACCUUUGGGCAGCUGUCAGCCCUGAAGACGCUGAGCCUCUCUGGGAAUCAGCUGGGAGCAUUACCGCCCCAGCUUUGUAGCCUGAGACAUCUAGAUGUAGUAGAUCUCUCUAAAAACCAGAUUCGGAGUAUUCCUGACACAGUCGGGGAACUGCAGGCCAUCGAACUCAAUCUCAACCAGAACCAGAUAUCUCAGAUCUCCAUGAGGAUAUCCUGCUGUCCUCGCCUCAAAGUCCUCCGGCUGGAAGAGAACUGCCUCGAGCUCAGCAUGCUUCCACAAAGCAUCCUCAGUGACUCCCAAAUUUGCCUCCUUGCUGUGGAAGGCAAUCUCUUUGAAAUAAAGAAACUUCGAGAACUAGAGGGUUAUGAUAAGUACAUGGAGAGGUUCACAGCCACCAAGAAGAAAUUUGCAUGAUCAUCUCCAGGACUAUGGGACAGACUUGGAACCUCUGUUGGAAUCUGACUGAGUCAAAGGCUCUUGAUGUUGGAUACACUGCAGAUAACAUUUUACUUAAUGACUUUUCCCUUUUUAGGACUGUCAGAUAAACUAAAGGAAAGGGACUUAGGAGUAGGAGACAGGAAGAACCAUUCAUCUUGAGCCGUGUGGGCCAUGGCUGGUGUUGAUCUUCAAAACCAUCAUUAGUUGGGCUCUAAGGAACCAAUAGGGAGUUGCUGUUCAUGCAGGGAGGGAAUGUUGCCUGUUAAUAGAUGGACCCAUGCCACAGCUUGAGACUUUGUUGAGUUUGCAGACUGUCAGCUUUCAUAAAGUUGGUCCCCAUCA